AUGUUUGACAGGUUUCAUGCUUCACCACCAGCCAUUCACGAGCAGAGCAUCAGUUUGGUGAACGAUGUGCGAAUGGAGUUGUCCACAAAUUCAAACUCAGCAGCUGGUAGUGACAGUCAAACAGCUUCUUUCACUCAAAUUGAUUCAAACAUGGUCUGUCCAAUCUGCCUUGGACCGACAUCAUACCCGCUCGAAACAAACUGUGGACACAUCUUUUGCGGUCAGUGUUUCAUAACUUACUGGCGGAUGGGCAGGUGGACCAGUGCUGUCAGCUGUCCAUCUUGCAGGCAGAGGGUGACGCUACUGCUCUUUUGUUUCUCUCAUGACCCGUCUGACACCUCUGCAGAGAAGACGGAAGUUGUUUCCAGUGUGGCCUCUUACAACAGAAGGUUCUCAGGACAACUGAGUGUUUACGAGUACUUGCAAGACUUGCCAAUCCUGCUUCGACACUUUUUUAAUGACUUUUUCACGAUCGGCGGACUUCUGUGGGUCAUCAGAGUGAGGAUCCUCGUUUGCAUCCUGCUCACACUCUUCUACAUCCUCCUUCCUUCCGACAUCCUGCCUGAAUCGGUCUUUGGCUUCUUAGGAAUUGUCGAUGAUUUUUUUGUGGUUCUCUUGUUACUUAUUCACAUAACGGUUUUGUACCGAAGUAUUUUAGCUGAUAGGUUAACGUGGUGA